AUGCACGGUCCGAAUAAAGUGGCGCCGAAAGUGAUCAAAUUCUGCACAUUGAUGAGUGGAGAUUCACUAUCAUCGGAAACCGUCGAGCUGGAUGAUCCGAGCUUCUCCGUAGCCAAAUGGACACAAACGAUGGCCGCGAAACUGGGGUUGGAUCAGAAAUCUUGUGAGGCUGUGGAUGCACAGACUUCCUGCACAAUCGACCCAUGCCGUCAAGCGAUCGACGCCCUGCAGAAUCGUUUCGUCCUCGCCUCUCCCAUCCCGCUCGUGCAAAUCGGCUCGAGAACCCUCACCGUCAUGUCGCAGGCACAAUUUCAAGAACGUCAGCUUGCGAAAGAGCCGCGAACGAAUUGGCGAGACCCGUUGAAUACAAUCUCCUUCGAGCAGAAUGCCCUCCUACAGUACCAUCAACAUGGAGACAUUUCGUAUUGUGAAAUCACGAGUGAGGCCGAGAGAUCGAGAUUGAAGGGUGAGCACAGCCUCGGAUUGACGAAAUUCCUUCGAAAAGCCUCGGCAGCCGUCACAAAUAAAGAAACGGAAAGUCCAAAGGAGCAAAAGCCGCCCGUGAAAGGACCACAAUCGGUUGGUGUCCGACGAAGAAGUGGCCAAGGCGUCGCAUCCGGUGUCUAUUGCGGAGAAGAACAAAUGGCAGAUGCACACCAGAAAGAGCCGGCCAAGAAGAGGCUCAGUAUAUUCAAAAAUAAAGGCGAAGGCGAAAAGGGGACGACCCCGGAGAAAAGCCCCGGCCCAGCGAGGAGAAGCCCUCAAUUAUAUGCGAAAGAAAGUAAUGGGGACACGCCCAGGACACCCGCUAUUUAUGCUACAAAGAUCAUCAACGACGAGGAGCCCGACGCGAACUCGUUCAUCUGGCAACCCGCCGCCUACGUU